AUGGCUGGUUUUACAUCGAACGAUGAACCACCCUGUUCAAUCAAUUAUGAUUGUGAAAAUUUCUCUCUGGCUGCUGGAGGUCAAAUCUGUGCCGACGCUACAGUAUCUUGUUCACAAAUGUCACCUUGUGAUUCAAUAAAUAUGUCAUGUACUGAACCAAACACUGUUUGUGUAACAGAUACACGAUGUAGAAGGCCUGUUUGUUAUCCAACAGCAGCGACUGAUACAAAAUUACGAUGUCCCCCUAAUAAUGGUGAUGUGUGUCGAUAUGGCAAACUACCAAUUCAAUUUGAUGAUAUUAUUAAUGUUUGCACUUACAGAAAUAUUCCCAGCACAUAUGCUCAGUUUCAAUGGCACAAUGUUAUGGUUGUGUGUUCGGCUCCCUACAGAUAUACAGGCUAUGGCACAGUUCUACGAAGUGGUGCAUAUGUAGCAGCCAAUAUAGAGAGCAAUCCGAUGACAAUAACCGCGAUGGAUGAAAAAACAUUUACCCUGGAUUCAUUCUAUGCAUCUGUUGCUUGGGCAGAAGUUGCCAAUGCAACUUUUACAGGCUUACGUAAUGGCAAGGGAGUUUAUUCUCGAAGCGUUAAACUCUCUGUAAGAAUUUCUGAAUAUAUUCAACUAAACUGGUAUGGAAUUGAUACCUUUCGAGUUGAAACAACGAAAGGUGCUAAUAUGGCCUUUGAAAACCUUUGUAUCUCUUAUUGA